AUGGAACACAGUGUCACCAGCGCUAAAGAGCAUACUGUGAGGGCCAUCGCUACCGGAAGCAAUGAGAGCAACGUCAAGAGUAUACUCGAGCAGCCGCAGAUGUCGAUGUCGGAGAGCUCAGUAUCAAGCCUGGCCGCGAAGGAGACCUCCGCCGGUCAAACCACGACAUCCACUACUACAACCACCUCACAGGCGCCAGAGAUGAAGUAUCUGGACAGUCUUAAUCUACAUCGGCAGCCCAAAAUCACGAGCAUAGAGCUCAUGUCCACAAGUGCAACAUCAUCGGCAUUUCCACAGAGUUUGGCCCUCUGGAUAUCACGGAAGGGCGGAUGGAUACUGGCCGCGAACUCGUCUCAUCUUUACCUCCUCUACUCCCCCGAUCUUCCACACCUGAGCGCACGCGCUUUUCGAGUCCGUCGACGACCUUUAGCUGCGGAAAUCCUUGAAGAUGGGUCUCUGCUUUGCGUGCUGUCGAACGAGCACCAGGUGGAUGUAUACAGCUUAGGCGAGGGGGACCCAGCAACCGCCACUCGGACCAGGACAAUCUUCCUUGAGAACGCAGCGAAGACAAUGGCUAUGACGCCAGAUGGGUUGGUUCUAGCUACCGGCUCGGGGACCGCUAUCGAGAUCGCUUCUCUAGCACCGGGUGCUCGUGAAUCGAGCAAGCGGCAGAUCUUCUGCGAACCAAUGGAUUUCCUCUCUUUCUCGGAUGAUGGUCGCACGUUGCUGGCAACCUCUAGUGCGAGUCGGCAGCGGGAUUCAACGGUCUUCUCUGUCAACAGCGACUUCGGUGGGCCUAUGACGGAAGAUGGCAUGCCAAUAGCAUUGGACGUCGAUCAGGCUUGGACUACUCAGAUACUGUUCCCCGAAAAGGCUCUGAAGGCUCAGCAGGCUGUGCUGCUACCAGAUCAACCUAUUGGUGCCAUCGACCGCUUGUUUGCAUUUGACAGUGUUAAGCAAUGUUAUGGGGUAUAUGAGCUCGCGGAUAGAGCUUUCUUAGCGACGAGAAGGUUCUCAAUCGAAAGAUCUGCCAAUGCUUUAGAGGCCUCUGCUCCACCUGAAAUCAGGCAAUGCCACAUCGAGGACGUCCCGCCCGCCACAAGCGAUCAGAAGCUCUACGCGGCAGCAGCAGUAAAUUGCUCUGGGACUACGGAGAUUUUGAUACACUGCCUAAAGAUGCAUGGUGACGACGAACAACUAAGCUUCGCAGGGUUGGAUGGACAGACCGAACAACUGCCAUUAUCACUUCCGUUAGCCCGCAUUGCGCUGUUCGAAGGCGCUCGUUCUGGGGGCAUCUGCGGUCUUCGCUGGUCAAUGUCUUCCGCUCUUUACAACGGCACCCGCGAACGGCUAAUAGCUAUUGGCCCUGCUAGGAAAGCCUCUUUCCUAGACGCUUCAUCCGGAGGGCCUACUGCUUCUCGCGGUCGCGUUUUUCUACUCGAUUUUGGCGUACCUGUUGUACACGACUGCCUUUACGAUUCCGAAAUGCAGCCCGAGAGCAUUGUUAUCGAUCUGGAUACCAUCACUGGUACGGAGAACUUACCAGGCGAAGAACUAGCUUUCGAAGACGAAGUCAAUCUCGUAAGACAGAGGACUGUAGCGCAGAGACACGCGAAUACAAUCCGCCGAGGGACCACCAGGAAUCUUGAUCGAGCAGCCUCGGCUGCCAGUAGUCGUCACAGCCGCCUUUCAGGCGCUCGAAAUGCGGAAGGAAGCCGGCGUCGAGACAGCUCCGGUCAGUUCAACGAGGAUGCUGGAGCUGCUCUUGAAGAGCCGUAUACCCAGGGAGCCCCAAGACCUCAGAUGUCACUCCAGCGAGCUGCGACCGUCCUUGCAGAAUCCCCCGCGGCAAGAAGGCACCUGCGGGCUUUGCCUAAUCGGCCAUUGGAGUACAGACGGGCUGAUGGCCUUCGAGGGAUCCAGCAUGAGAUCCCACAUGAGAGUGACGCAGAUAACUGGGAGCCUCCACCACCACCAUACAGUCCUAACGCUGACCAUUCUGCACCAAACCUUACCGUUCCUGGCCACACCAGUCUCCAGCAGAAUUUGCUCGUCCCACAUGUGCCAGUCGGACAGCAGCGUCCAAGCAGCAGAGCUGUAGCCUUUUCCACGUCUCCGACGUUCUAUCAGCAUGCUUCUCAAAUUCACAGCUCUCCUGAUCUAGUACCUCAAGCGUCCACUUACGCACUGGGUAGCGAACCUGCCCUUACUCACCACCCCUCUCUCAUGAACAACCCGAGGCUCGCCAGGGCUUCCAUCAGUAAUAGGAGCAUGUCUGAAAACGUUGCACUAAGGCAGCCGCCGCCUCUUCAUCGCAGGAACAGCCGAAGUCUGGCCUCCCUCCGUGGGAACGCGCGCUCGCGGUCUGCUGCUCCGGCUCCUACUGCGGGUCCACAGUAUAUUGUGGACGGACAACUAGAACGCCCAAAGAAAGAGAAGAGAGGUCUGAGAUGCGUCGUGAUGUAG